AUGUCCAACUUAUCUACAAAUGUUUUGUCGGCUGGUAGAUCGGCACCGCCAGAAAGUCACGGCUCCAAAACUCUUACUGUAGAUAAUAUCGCAGAAUUGAUUAAGAUACAAUUAGAGGAUUAUGAAGCUAAGUUUCUAAAGCUUUAUGCUCAACAGCAAUCUCAAGUUAAUGAACUUAUACUGAUUAUAUUAACCAAGAAGAGCGAUUCUGAGAAAGAUACCGGUGAUUCCGCCAUUACGAGUACUGAUAGUGAUAUUAAUCUUAUUACGAGUAUUGAGUCCAGUUCUGUGCUUGCUGGUAAAGACAUUACUGAAAACACCAGUGUUCCACCUAAAAUUGAAACCUUUCCAUCGCUUAGAACAAGUCAAACCACUGCUCUAGAUGGAUUCGAUUUUUUUGAGCGAACUCAAAGGGUGAUUAGAAAAUCUCAGAAACAUAUUCAUGAAUAUUGGAAAAAAUUACCCCCGCUCAAUGAGACCAGCGCUGAACUCUGGUCCAGGGCUAUUCAGGAUUUGAACAACGAGAUGGAUUAUAGAGCCUUAUCUAAAGCCAAUUUCAAAGUCGACUGGAACACUUUCCAAUCCAAAACCGGACUCCGUGGUGAUAAAUUAGAAUAUUUUUACGAGUGCUGGAAGGAUGCUCUUAUUGGACGUUAUCGCAAUAACACUUUGCGUAUCCUUGCUGUCAAUCGAGACCAUAUUAUUACUCUUGAAGAUCUACUUGAGUACACAUCGCAAAAUGCAGACUACGACAAAACCAAUUCUAUACUUGAGGAAGUGCAAAGACGCCGCCGAAUCAAUCCAAUGUGUCAAGACUAUAUCUCAGAAUUUAGAGGUACAAACAUUCAUGAUUAUGACCGUAUAAUUCAAUUUCUUAACGGCCAUCCCGCCGAUCUCUAUUGUGCCAUUAGUCACUUCUGUAACCAAAAACAUGAAGGCAAUCGUACUAUUGCUGCCGCUACGGUCAACUUCUAUUAUCAGGAUUUUAUGACCAAGGACAAUUUUCAAUACCCUUCAGUCAACGCUUUUGAAAAGAAAAUGAAAAGUACACUUGGUUACUCUUGUAAAUUUUAUUCUGAUUCAUCUAAAUUAAGAACGAAUUCAAAACACAGAAGGGGUAAGAGUAAUAGUAAUCAUUAUUCACAAUAA